CCGUGAGGGAGGGAGAGAGAGAGGGAGAGAGAGAGGCGGCGGUGGGGCUGUGCGGCGUCUCCUCACACAGACACACAGACAGACGCACACGCACGGCGGCCCCGGGCAUGGACGACCUGGAUGCCUUGUUAGCUGACCUCGAGUCAACAACUUCACACAUUUCAAAAAGGCCUGUUUUUAUCCCAGAGGAGACACCGUACUCCUAUCCAACAGGAAGCCAUACUUACCAGGAAGUGUCUGUGCCUCCACCCGUGCCACCCCCACCUUCUGCAGAUGCUUUGAAUGGAGUGAUCAUCGACACAGUUGAACAGUGGCAGCCUCCCAUUGCCUGUUAUCGGCACCAGCAGGGUUUCCAAGAGGAUGUGUCCCCUCCCACUGGAGUGAACAAUUCCGUAAAGCAACAGAAUUACUCUUCAAAUGUGAAAAGCAACUCCGGUAUUGCCCGAGAAUCUGUCAGUCCUCCUGUACCACGUUCAGCUGAAGAGGACCACGUCUACAGCUUCCCCAACAAGACAAAGUCCACAGAGCCUUCACCGACGAUCAUGACUGCUUCGCUGGGCAGCAACCUGUCCGAACUGGACCGCCUUCUCUUGGAACUGAAUGCAGUUCAGCACAACCCACCAAGUAGCUUUGUAACAGAUGAGCCAAUUCGCAGCUCCCAUUCUACGCUUGGGACUAGCUCUCAAUACACUGGUCAGGAAAAUGGAACUCAGGUGGGGAAAAAAGUGCCUCCUCAAACAAAAGAAAAACCUAAGAGAAACGGAGGCCGAGGGAUUGAGGAUGUGAGACCCAGUGUGGAGAGCUUGCUGGAUGAACUAGAGAGUUCUGUUCCCAGUCCAAGUCCCGCCGCAGCUGUGCCUUCAGUGGAAGGGGCGGCCUCACAGCGUGGCACUCCCAGCCAGCAGCAAGCUCGGAUUUCUGCUUCCUCGGCAACCCGCGAGCUCGAUGAACUAAUGGAGUCUCUCUCUGAGUUCAAGGUCCAGAGCAAUAUGGCACAAUCGGGCUCUAAAGGAAAGCAGAGUGGAGCUUCACCCGUGGCAGUUCCUCAGAAACCUGGGAGCCAGCUGGAUAACAUGCUGGAUGAACUGCAUGUAGGACUGAACAAGCUGGGGGUUGCUACCGUAGCGAAGGGAGUGUGCGCUGCCUGUAAGAAACCUAUAGCUGGACAGGUUGUGACUGCAAUGGGACGUCCCUGGCAUCCAGAGCACUUUGUUUGUACCCAUUGCCAAGAAGAGAUUGGAUCUCGUAAUUUCUUUGAGCGUGAUGGGCAGCCAUACUGUGAGAAAGACUAUCAUAACCUAUUUUCUCCCCGCUGUAACUACUGCAAUGGACCCAUUCUGGAUAAAGUGGUGACGGCACUGGAUCGGACUUGGCAUCCUGAACAUUUCUUCUGUGCCCAGUGCGGAGCCUUCUUUGGACCGGAUGGAUUCCAUGAGAAAGAUGGGAAGGCAUAUUGUCGCAAAGAUUACUUUGAUAUGUUUGCACCCAAGUGUGGUGGCUGUGCAAGAGCCAUUCUGGAAAAUUACAUCUCGGCCCUCAGUUCAUUGUGGCACCCAGAGUGCUUUGUAUGCCGGGAAUGCUUCACCCCGUUUGUAAAUGGCAGCUUUUUCGAACAUGAUGGACAGCCAUAUUGUGAGAUGCAUUACCACGAGCGUCGUAACUCGCUCUGCUCUGGAUGCCAGAAGCCCAUCACAGGUCGCUGUAUCACUGCCAUGGGGAAGAAAUUUCACCCAGAGCACUUUGUCUGCGCUUUCUGCCUGAAACAGCUCAAUAAGGGCACCUUCAAGGAGCAAAAUGAUAAGCCCUACUGUCACAAUUGCUUUGUUAAGCUCUUCUGUUAAACCCAUCCCACCAAACACUUUACCAGUUUAACCAUUCCUGCAAUCCCAUAAAUCCACACCUAUGCAUUCAGUACCAACAAAACAGAAGACUCCAGGUUUUUAAAGAGUAAUAUGGUUCUUGUAAUAAAAUAAAAUAGAUUACUUUUCCAUUAUAGAGACUGAGAAGAAGAGAAGCUCCUCAAAUGUCAUUUUACGAGUAUUACAGAAAGCUAUAGCUUUCCCUUUCUCUGAGUACCCCAGGAAGGCCAGGUAUACAACUUGCAUUCCUAUAGUAUGCUGAUUGUCUUCAGACAUGUCCAUUGAAAAGGAGACUCUUGUUUUGGGAAUGGUGAAGGAUGUGAAAUGAAAUUCAACUGUGAGGAAAAUCUGUUUGAUUUCAAGAGCUCCGAGCUUUCUUUGAUGAGCAUCUUGUAUGAGAUCCGUUCCAAAGAGAGGAGAGCGUUGCAAAUGAUAGGAGCUCCUUUAUAAUGUGGGACAAAAGUUGGCGCUAAACCAUGUCAUUUUACAAAUAUGAGAAAAAAGUAGGUCUUUUGAGGUUAUUUGGUUACCCUGCUGCUCUUAGCUUGCUUGUCUGUAACCCACAUAUUGAACUCAAUGACUGACUGCUUGAUUUAAAACUAUGGCCAUAGACUAUUCAGUUUUAUAGUUUCAGUUUUACAUGUCUGAAACCCACCUGGUUUGAUCUCAAAAUGACAAUAGUGUCACAUAUAGAAGGUGUCAGGUUCCUAAUAUACUUUGGUUAUACAGAAGGAUGCUAAGUCAGAGGAUGGCUCCACACUCACACCUGUCCUAGCUAUGUAUAUUCCCUUUCAAUCCUUCUUAGCUACAAAUUCAAAGUAGCUCUGUAUGCAGUUAGUUGUUCCCUCACACCUUGGAAGAGAUGGAGAGCAAAUGUCAUAUUUUGCAACGCUCCAAACCAAUGCCUUUUGUGAUAUUACCAGCAGACUCUAGGACUCAAAUCGAUAUUCAGCAGCAGUGCACGGGAGGUUGAAUUGAGAGAAGACCAUUCACCCCAUUUACCAGGUCCUUUUCAGAAAUCACAAAUUAUUUUUACCUCCCUACUGUCCUGGAGUGAGCUCCAUAUCUCUCUGCACCUGUGCGUAAGUGUCAAGCUAAGUGUUUUUCAGUGUUAAAGGUAAACUGAACAGUGAGGAAUGUCAUUGUAAAAAAUAUCCCUAAGGAGAGCAAAGAAUCUGCAAUGAACAAUCCCUUGAAGGAACAAUGUAAAACUGUUACGAGGCCACGGGUUAGCGAGCCCCUAAAAAGGAUCCAUUUGAAAUGUGUGAGAUGAUUGUGCUGGAAAGCAGUAUUUUAUUCUGAAAAAUGUUCACUUUAAGAUGUACAGCAAUGUCUCUGACAUUAAUAAUGCCUUUGACUGUAACUGAAGCAAUAAUAUUUCUCAGCGACAGCCACAAUCGCACUGUCCUAAUGUAGUGUGUCGGAGCUUUCUCCGAGACACCUGCUGUAGACAUAUUUGAUAGAAACUUUUGCAGUACUAAAUACAGAAUCUUUUGCAGCACUGUAUGUUUUUAUCCUCCGGGUUUAAUUAUCAGUGUCAUUGAUCACUAAGAACUCUGUUAAUUCUGACCUUUCAUGCCAGAACUUUGGAUUUUAAAAACAUAACCACUUUUGUAAAACAUGCAUCCAGUUUGUAGUUUUAACGCAAGUCUAUUAUGAUAUAGGUAGUCUCAAUGCUUUCUAAUAAUGACUGAUUCUUACCUGAAAAAUCCAAAGGACUGUUGAGCAGGACAUGCCUCUUCACUUUUAUAGCACAAAAAUGUUAGUCUUUCAGGCAUGUCCUAAAAUAACAUCAGUCAACAAACUAUUUUGUAAUUGUGAGCCUGUUGUAUUUUUAUUCAAAUCCUCCAUUCUAAUUUGCCAAUAAUUUAUCUUUUUACGAAGUCUUAAUUCCUGCUGUGAAACCCCUACACGACUCUCCCUUAUGUAUGUACUAAUAUUUUUGAUUUCACCAUGAAUAAUUAACCUUUUUUUAAAAAAAAUGGUCACAAAGCAGAAGGCCAGAAGUAUUCUGGUGCCAUUUUAACUGGUUUGAAUUUAUUGGAUCGAAGCCUCACUAACCAGUGUUUACAAUGUAUGAAAUUCAAUCUGCCAUUUAACCAAAGGGAGUCGUUCAAGAAUGAGAGACUGUUGUAAGGAGUUAGUCCUGAUUCUGCAGACUCCUGAUCAAUAGCAAUUGCCUUUGUUUUAUCGACAUUUUUGUUCAUCUUUUAAUUAUUGCUUUACACAUAUAUCAUGGAAUUAUGCCAAUAAAAGUUACUUUCACUUUA